GAAGUAAAAGUUAACUGGGCAACAACACCAAGUAGCCAAAAAAAAGAUACUUCAAAUCAUUUUCAUGUGUUUGUGGGAGAUUUAAGUCCAGAAAUAACAACAGAAGAUAUUAAGUCAGCAUUUGCUCCUUUUGGUAAAAUAUCGUAAGUACUAUACUUUUUGCCUUAAAUCAUUAAUACAAACAGAAUUAAAACGCUAGAUUGUUCUUCUCUUAAAUCACUGUCGUUUAUUAGGCAUAGAAUUAUUUACAUAAUGGCAUGUGAAUGGUGUAGAAUUAUCUUGUCCAUUUAUUGUAUUAUAUUAUUCCACACAAGUAUGAACAUGGUUUCUGCCUCAGUUCUGUUUAAAGUUGUGUGGUUUUCACACUUGCAAAUCCAAAUGCGUUUUUAUGGGCUGGGGUGUGUUGUGGGGAAAUGAAAGCAAACCUGUUGAUUCUUGUGGCUUAUAGAGCAUUGUCUGAUAGAAGCUGGAAGUGUCUGAUAAUUAUAGACAGUAGGUAAUGUUGGACUCUGUUUAAGUCAUAGCCAGUUGUAAAACUUCAUUUCCUGCAUUUUUGAAAUGUAGCACUACAUUUAGGAUUUUUAAAUUUGAAAAUUAAAAUUCAUAUCUUUUGAUAAACUUUUAAGUAAAGAAGUCUUGUUUUAAGGAUAUGUUAAUUAUGCCAGUCAAAAGUAUAUAUCUGUUGACAGUAGAACUUUGGGACUAAAUUUCCAAGUAUCUAUAGCUUUGUAAAUGAACAUUUUAAUCUUUGCAAGUGUUCCUUCAAGUGCUAUAGUAUGUGUGUUUGUUUUAUUAUUUUAUCUAAUUUCUUGAAAAACUUUCUCCUAUUGUUUUCUUUGUCUUUUUUACAACAUCAGAACAAAACCUGAACAUCUUGUGUUACUUUACAGGAAUGUAUUUCUGCUAUAAAGCAUAUUUUCUCUAUGUUUUCUCUUAUUUUCAAAUGCAACAAAAUCUUAUUUUGUCUGUUUGAUUUACUUUGCUUUUUAUCUCAGUGUGGUAAGUACUGGUACUGUUUGCAAGCCAAUAUUAAAAGAUUUAAUACAGGUUGCUAUUUCUCAAUUUUGAUUUAUACCUGAGACCUGCAGUUUUUCUAAAGUCCAAGUCACAAUUAAAAGUAAUAGCAUUCUGAUUAUUUUGCAGAAUUGCUCAUAAGAAUGGACAGGAUCUUGAAGCUAACUGCAAGGAACUGUGCACACUGGAACUCAGUUGUAGAUUUUUUUCUCAUUUCUAUUUAUUCUUAUUAUACAUUAUUUAUAUAUACAUAUCUUAGUAUUUACAUUUUAACAUUCUAUAUUCAGUGCAGUUCUAUAUUUCCAAUCAUUUUAACUUACUCACUAAAAAUUAUGUGUAAAAUUUGUUGUCUUCAUAUUGGUGAACUUAGCAUUGUUGUUAGUUAUAUUCGCCUUUCUUAAAUUUCUGAAAAUGUCAAUUUUUCAAAAUUUACAGCUGCCCAAACUCCAAAAUGAUGGUAGAGAAUUGACCAAGAAAAAUAAAGAAAUCUGUUAACAGGCCAUGGAUGCACGGGUAGUUAAAGAUAUGACAACAGGGAAAUCAAAAGGAUAUGGUUUUGUAUCAUUUUAUAAUAAAUUGGAUGCAGAAAAUGCAAUUGUGCAUAUGGGAGGCCAGUGGUUAGGAGGUCGUCAGAUCAGAACUAAUUGGGCAACACGAAAGCCACCUGCUCCUAAAACUGUACAAGAAAACAACACAAAACAAUUGAGAUUUGAGGAUGUAGUAAAUCAGUCAAGCCCCAAAAACUGUACUGUCUAUUGUGGAGGAAUUGCCUCUGGAUUAACAGAUCAGUUGAUGAGACAGACAUUCUCCCCUUUUGGGCAAAUUGUGGAAACCAGAGCUUUUCCAGUUAAAGGCUAUUCUUUUGUAAGGUUUUCAACUCAUGAAAGUGCAGCACAUGCUAUUGUUUCAGUCAAUGGAACUACAAUUGAAGGCCAUGUUGUUAAAUGCUACUGGGGCAAAGAAACACCGGAUACAACAAAAGACUUCCAGCAGGUGGAGUACAGUCAAUGGGGGCAGUGGAGUCAAGUUUAUGGGAAUCCACAGCAAUAUGGGCAGUAUAUGACAAACGGAUGGCAAGUGCCAUCUUACGGAAUGUAUGGUCAAGCAUGGAAUCAACAAGGGUUUGGCGUUGAUCAAACACCACCUGCAACCUGGAUGAGUGGAUUUGCUGCUCAGCCUGUCCAGGGACAAGCUGCUCCGGUAAUACCUAAUCAGGCUGGCUAUGGUAUGGCAAGUUACCAAACACAGUGAGCUUAGAACUCUGCUUAGAAGUGUGAUUUCAAGACAGGUUUCAUUUUCCAGUGAUUUUUCUGAAGCCUGAAAUACAGACACAGGGGAGAAGAGGGAAAGGAGGCAAAACAGGAGGGGGCCGAGACAGAAAGAAACAAAGAAUAUUUAUUUUGAAGAAUGAAAAUGUUUGGACCUUUAACACAGCAUUUGCUUUGAUGAAGGACACAAAUAUCUUCAAUUUAUGCCUUUUUAAGUUUUGUUCAUGAUGGAUAUGAACAGGUUUUCUUUAUGUACAAAAUUUAAAAUAAAGUCAUUAAAAACAAUUCUGACUGCACAAUUUGGUAUGUUGGAAAGAAAUGCGUAACAUUGUGGUUCUUAGAUCCAUUCCAUUUUCUUUUGUCUUCAGCAUUUUAUAUCAGGUUUUGGAAAAAAAAUACAUUAAAGAUGCUUUUAAUUGAACAUUAAUUCCUGAUGUUUUUCUGUGGACCAAAGAUUGCAUCAAAGGCAACAAUAUAUUCUUCGUUAAUUUCGAGCUAUCAUUCAGAAGAAAUAUUCAUGGAAAUAUUUUUUUAAAUUAAUUUUGAAAUAUUUGAAGAAAUUUAAAUCUGGUGUAAAUAUUUUGGUUUGGUUUGGUCUGAUCAACAUUGUUAUCUGUAGUACUAUCAGAUACUUCUGUUCACAUUCAGAAGCAAACUAUACCUUUUCAAAUUUAAUUUACUUGAAGCACAGAUUUGCUUUUACUUUAGAGGUGCCUUUUUAAUUUUGUUUCUUAAGCAUCAUAUAUGUCCCUUUAUAUUACUACCUGCAGUGCUUAGUAUGCUCUGAAAUAGAAGGAGCAAUUUUAUACAGAAAGUUAUUAUAUUCUGCUGCUUUUUUGCAGUGGAAUAAAAUAAAUGAACCAUACACUUUCAAAACUAGCUACUACAUAGAGUGAAAAAAAUAUUCAGAAAGCCUUAUUUUUAAAUUGAUAAAUAACUCAUUUUGUCACGAGAAAACAGAUUAUUUUACUUUAUGCUACUUACUAUGUAAAUAAUAAGUACCUGAAUGUUUUAAAAAUGACAGUUUUUUUUUUAAAUGUAGGCAUAUUUAACCAAAAUAUUUUUAAUUAGAUUGAGGAAUUUUUAAAGUAAGGCAUUUUAAUAAUGUCAUAUAUGUUUAACAGAACUGCGUUUGGAAUAAUGAACAAUUUGAAGUAUGAAUUAAGUGUAUUUGUUUUUUAAAUAUUUUGGCUUGCAUUUCACAAAUUUGUAUUGAAGCUAGGUUAUUUGUGGAUUAAAUAUUAUUGGGAUAAAUAAUGAAGUUGGUAAAAUGUUACAUAGGGUUACUUUUUACUUUGUGGAUACACUGAUGCAUACAUUUUAAGUUCAAAGUGAACGCAAGAUAGGUUAGACAAUAAUCUGUGACAGCUAGAUGGUGCAAAUGACUCAUCUUUGAAUUUGAACACUUGAGAUGAACAAUAUGUGCCAUUAAUAGAAAGAGACUUGCAUCUUGGUGGACUCUAGGCCAAAAUAUGUAUGAGUAUAUAUGUUUGCUUGGUUUCUGAAUAGAAAAUAUUGUUUAAUAGAUCAUUAUUAAAUAUAUACUACAUUACAGACCUAGCAGAUAUUGAAAAAAAUGUUUAUUCCAAGUGGGAGAAAGGUUGGUUAAACUAAUCUCUCUCUCUUUUUGAAUAACUGAUUAUAAAGUUAUUCCCACAGAUGUUUUUGCUACAUGCAAUUUAUUCAUCUAUACUUUGGUUAAAAUAUUUUUAGGAAGUCUGAAUUUCUAUAUUUGUUUUGAGGCUAGGAAGAUUAAAAUAGUAUUCACUGACAUCCUACUAAAUCUGUAUUAUGAUCUUUGGCAAUUUUAACCAAACAUUUUUUGUUGAAAUACAUAAAGUGUUAACGAUGUUUUGUUUCAGACUGUGGAUAAACCAAUCUUUUCCAGGUUGAUUAAUUUCCCAGUGGAACAAAAUUGAAUGUGGCUUGAGUAUUCUGCAUAAAACAUAACUCUUAACAGUUUGGUUUCUAUAUCGUAUGGGAACAGUGGAAGCCUGGAACAAGAUGAGCCUCAUUUUUCAGUUGAGGACCCCCAUCCUGACUAAUUUCUGUUCCGCAACAUAUAGCAAAGUUGGUCAAAGAGUAUUUUUUAAAGAAGGGUUUAAAUAAAUCAACAAUUUAGGAUAUGUUUCUCCCCCCAAUCUGUCAAGCUUAGCAAGAAGUAAAGUCCAGAGCACAGUCGGACAAGGCUAUAGACAAAGCACCAGCAGUUAUUUUUGGAAAGCAGAGUUUAGAGUAAAUUGUGCACGACAAGCUUCAUAGCUGUAUCAUCAUAACUCACUUGUGCAUUUAAUUAUUGAGACUAAAUGGUAUAUUUAAUUUCAGUUGAAUUUAAUUUUACUCAUUGAGGAAUCAUAAUUCAUUUAUUUUACCCAGGUCAUUGCAUCGCAGAUUUUGAAAAUAUUUGACCUAAAUAUUAAAAAGUAAAAUUUAUUUCAAAUUUACUUUGACUCCUAUUAGAGUCAUGAGAACAGCCAUGUAGUUUUCUUGGCAACAUUAUAAAGUGACUUGCCGGUUCUUUUUUCCAGGAUUUUUAAAAUACUUCUUUAUCUAGCCUACAGUUCACAGUUGUCCUAAUGGAUUCCCAUUUAAUUACCAACUUUUCAAGAUCAACCAAGUUCAGCUUUAUUCUGUCAAAACAGCAACAAAAAAACAAAGCAUAAGACAUACAAAUAUUCAUUUUAUUUUUUCAUAGCAGUUUUUUUUAAAGGUGUAAAUGUACCUAUCAGGCAAGAGACUAGCCAAACUUAUAUGGACAGUAAGUGGGCUAUCCUUUUAGGAAUCUCAAGAGUCGUCAUUUGUCAUCCCAAAUGCCAAAGCAAAAGUGGCUCAGCUGUUGCCUAGAUCUUUGCCUAUUAGAAUUUUUGACCCCCAGAAAUGAGUUGAUCUAAACUUUUUCUGGUCCUCAGUGUAUAUGAAAGGCAUCAUUAGAUUUGGAAUCUGGGUUAGAUACAAUUGAGUUUCUAGCUAGGAUAUAUUAAUUGCCAGGACAAAAUUGAUUUUUCCAGUCCCUCUGAUAGAUGGGUACCAGCAGAUAAUUUUUACAUUGAUAUUUUAUUUUUUUCAUUUUGUUUGAGGAAAAACACCAUAAUAUUCCGUUUCUUAAGCACAUGUGUCAAUGAAGAAUGGGUAUGGGUAAUGAUGAAAUGAUACAAUGUGUUUUCCUUCAUCAAUCUUACUGUAGAGAUCUUUGAUUCACUUUUAUCUCUUCUUUGUAAGUAAAAAUAUAUUUGGCAAAUUGUAUGUGUAUAUUAUCUGAUCAAAAUUCACUAAUCUCUGAUAGAGUGGCAUAAUAAACUAAAUUUACCUUCA